CACAUCCAACGGCGAUGGACUGCGCUAUCCAUUAACAGAGAAAAACCUCAAGAUCUUACAUCUAGACACCCUGUCCUUAAACCCUAACAUUUCUCACUCUCACUGAGAGAAACUAGACAGAGUAGACUAACAAUGUCUCGAAUCGUUCGGUCUCGGAUUCUAUCCUAUCUUUCUAAGAACAGUAAACCCUUUAGUUCAAGUACCUCUGCAAAUUCUCCCAAGGAACCCACAAUUUCCUCCGUAAGUACUCCAGAGAAAAAGCCAUGGGGUAUUCUUAAAUAUGGAAUUUUUGGAGCUUUUACUGGACUUGCUGCAACUGUUGGUUAUGCUACUUACGCAUAUACUUCAGAAGAAAUAGACAUAAAGACGAAGGCGUUUCGUGAAUCGGCAAAUCGUAACAUUGGCGACGAUGCAUCUUCUUUAGAGAAGCUCGGGGGUUUGUUUUAUUCAGUUGCUACAACAGUUCCUGCUAAGAGCGUUGAGUUAUAUCUGGAUUUAAGAAGAACAUUUGAAGAACAUGUUCGGGGGUUCACUGAACCAUCUUCUGAGAAGCUUCUUCCAGAUUUACCUCCUCAAGAGAAGCAGAUCUUUACACUUGUUUUGGAUUUGAAUGAGACUCUGGUCUAUUCUGACAUGAAACGUGAGAGAGGUUGGAAAACCUUUAAAAGACCAGGAGUUGAUGCUUUCUUGCAACACCUUGCCCCAUUUUAUGAAAUUGUCAUGUACAGCGACCAGAUGAGUACGUAUGUCGAUCCUAUUAUUGAAAGGCUGGAUCAGAAGGGGUGUAUUCGAUAUAGACUAUCAAGGUCAGCAACUCGCUAUCAAGAGGGGAAGCAUUACAGGGAUUUGUCAAAGCUGAACCGAGAUCCAUCAAGGAUUCUCUAUGUCAGUGGGCAUGCCCUAGAAUCUAGCUUACAGCCAGAUAAUUGUGUCCCUAUCAAACCUUGGAAGAUGGAAGCAGAUGAUACGACACUGUUAGAUCUUAUUCCAUUUCUUGACUAUGUUGCACGCCAUAGACCAACUGAUAUAAGGCCAGUCUUAGAAUCUUACAAAGGCCAUGAUAUUGCGAAAGAAUUCACUGAGCGUUCCAAGGAAACUCAGAGGCGCAUUCAAGAACAAAAGCAGCAAGGUCGACUGUGGUGACGUUGAAUCCCUAACUUGGUCAGUGGAGUGUGGAUGGUAUCUUUGUCAACUAAACCAUUUUUGGUCUGGUACGAUGUUUGUUCCAGUCGCAUCAUGCUAAAGGUUUCCUUUGGGUAUCUAAUGCUAUCUGGUUCUGCUCCUGCUCCUGCUCCAUGUUAGUGAAUCGUGUUUCUCGUCUGACAAUCUUACUGUUUACAUUAUCUCUUAUGUGAUUUACCUCAUGGUUGGUGUGGAAGUGAGGGCAAUGGCCGCAUGAGGCGGUUCACUAUAGGCACUUAUGAUAAUUUUUAUCUUAACAUUUAUUUAUGCU